AUGAGCAGGCUUCAGAUUCCUUCCUUUGGUAGGAGGAAAAAUCCUCCCCCAGCCACUACUGCUGCUGGAGCAACCUCCUCUCCCGCAUCAGCCUCUUCUUCAGCCACCAUCUCUGACACUAUCCCGAGUGUGGUGGCUAUUGAUCCUGUUGUUAGCACCCCUACUACCAACCCGAGCACAUCUCCACAGAUCACUACUACUCCUGCUGCUGCUGGGGGUGUUUGGGACAAAGAACGAGGCAAAAGACCUCAUCCUGACGGUGGAGUCAACCUCGAGGAGGAAUCUCUUACAAGGAGGACCCGAGUUUCUGGGCUGAGCGCUCUCUUGCAUCGCCCAGUCAGAGCUCCUGCCCCCUCCGGGCCUGUUGCAGCUGCUGCCUCUGCUUCUGCUUCAGCUUCUGCCUCUGCUUCUACUCCUGUUUUACCACCAUGGGCUCCUCGAUACACCCGAACGGAUGGGACGUUCGUGAAGCCGAACGAGACAAUGAUCAAGGAUGGCCAGACCGCCAUGGCACUUUGUUCGGAUGAAAAAGAUGCCCUUCAGCUUGAGAAGAGUGUCUGGCAGACUGAGCGCGAUUCAGUCAGAGAUGAAAAGGCAGAGCUCCAGCGCCUUCUGGUUGACGAGCAGUCUGCUCGGAUGACAUUUGAGAAAAGAGCUCUGGACGAGCGCAACGCUCUGAUUGACACCAUUAGCAGAGUGAAUGGUGGCAUGUUGGCUCUUCAUGCUCGGUUUUUAAGAGUUGGAGCUCUUAGAUAUGCUCAGGGAUUCCGAGAUGGUUUUUCCGACCGAGUUCCGGCUGAGGGCCAGACCAGUUCAACUCCGGAUGAAAUUGAUAAGGAUCUAGGGAUUGACCCUCUGGGGGUCUAUGUUGACCCAGAAUCCACCGCAGCUGAGCACAUAUUUGAUGAGUGUCAGGAGAUUGCUUCCUCCAAGAUCACUAUAGCUUCUUCUACCGUUUAG